GUCACCCGCGGUUAGUAAUUGGAGAAAGGUAUUCAAUCCGCUAUUUCGAUAGAAAUAUUGUGUUAAGUUUUUCUUAAUCAGUUUUAAGUGUAUGCAUCUUGUAAUGUUGUGUGAAGAUUCCUAAGAAAUGCUGGGUUUAGAAUUUCUCUAUAAGUUUGAUGUCUCCGUAGUCGGUAAUUCUGAGACGGUGAAAUUGGGAUGCCUUCUUGGAGGGAAAAUACUCACGUACCGUGGGGAUCUUAUGACAGUGACAGGAAAAUGAUAAAGUGAGCGACCAAGAGAUGGCUCUGCACGUUUACAGAAGAAGCAAGAGAAGGAAGGAAGAAGCACAAAACAGAGAUGAUAAAAAUACAUUUUCCUCACGCGCGUGGUUCCCUUUGUAUGGCGGCUUUUAAGUUAAUUGUGUAAUGCGAUGAACUGAGAAAAUAUUGCGGCGAGACCGAUAACUGCCGCUGGGCAACUGGAAAUUUUAAUAAAUUCAGUAUCGUUAAAAUAAACAGUUAAUAAUUUUCUGCUAGUGGGUUCACAUAACCAUCCCUUUAUUAUCUAAGACAUGAUGCUAAUAGAAUGAAGAUAUCCGAUAAAUUGGUAUACUCCUAAUUUUCCGACAUCACAGUGAGCGAAGAAGUGAAUUUGUUUCAGUGUAUCUGGAAAUGCGGAAGGGAUUAUUGUCUCCGAAUUUACGAGUGGGUGACGUUGUGAGCGAAAUGUUUGAAGCCAUGAGAAAUAGAAACUAUGUCUAUAAUGGCGAGCUGUGUUACAAGGGGCAUUUAUGUUCAGUUCUUGUUGCUAAGUGACAUUAACAUCUGAAAUAUGUGCGCUUGAGAAAGGAACUAGUAAAAGAACAUGGCCACGAUGCGCAGCCAUUGGACAUGUAUUGUUACAAGUAGGACUAAUACGCCCUGGUGGUACUAUUACGAACUAAAAAGUUAGUAAUAUAAGAGCUCUAGGCAACUUGAUAUUUGUUUUAUCCCCUACCCACCACUGAGACUGGUGUACUGAAUCGUUGUUUUCCAAGUUGUUUCUCGUAGUUUAAUCUUGAAGCAUUACAUUGGCUCAAUAAUAAGACUUUGAUUCGUAGAAAUAAAAUUGAGGGUGGAUAGUGCCAUAUUAAAGUACUUUUCAUUACCUGGCAUUGGCAACAAUACGCACAAAUCUUUCCAAGUCAUCACCAAGCAAUAGAAACAAGUGAUUAUGAGCUGUGGUGCCAGUGAUUUUUAAUGAAUAACAUUUCUACUGUUACUGUGUCCCGUUGUGAAUAUUUCUAUCGUAAGACAAGUGGAUAUCCUAGUGUGUUUUAAGGUAAAAGAAAUUCAAAAUACCUAUGGAUGCGCGUGUGAAUGUUUGCUAAAUCUCAAAUAAAUCCGUUUUAAAAUAGAGUUAUACAAGGCUCGAAGUUGCACGGAAGCUGCAGAUGAACACAACAGUCUGUUAUGUGGAAUAACAAAUAAUUUUGAAGCGUUAACUACACAGUAACAGAAUGCAAAUGAAGGAAUUUUCGCAGUAUUAAUUGCAUUUUAUUAGGAUUCCAAAUUUCAGAGUUUUAUUAAGUGUUCCCCCCCCCCAAAAACAUUCAUGCACAUUUUGAAGUAUUAAUUUACGUAACAUGUAAGUUAAAAAAAAGUUUGUUUUCUUUGCGUAGUAAAUGAGAUUCACCGAGGUUAUUUCGCGCUUAUAAGGAAACACACAAUACAACAGUGAAUGGAGCCGCCAAAAUAAAUGUAGAAUGAAUGGAUCAAGAUAAUACUAAUUUAAACAUCUACACACAAGAAACGUGAAGUAAUUCACCAGAUUCCUAAGAUAAGUGAGUUAAGAACUUGGCACCAACAUGGCCAUCUCGAGAUGUAGCUUUUGUGUGUUGGCGCUGCUGUGCCUCAUGAUGUGGAAAGGACUGUGCCAGAAGCCGAACUUGUCCGGCAACAAACGUCGGGACGUUUACAUCGCUGGUUUCUUCCCGUACGGUCGUCAUAUUCCCGAAUCCAGAGUAGGGCGAGGGGUAAUGCCUUCCGUGAUGCUUGCAGUGGACCACAUCAACGAGAACCCAUCGGUACUUCGCAACUACAUGCUGCAUAUGUACUGGAACGACACUGAGUGUAAUGCUGCUGUGGGUGUGAAGGCCUUCUUCGACAUGAUGCACAUCGGCCCCCACAAGGUGAUGCUGUUUGGAGCCGCCUGUACACAAGUGACAGAUCCCAUUGCCAAGGCGUCCAAGCGGUGGCAUCUCACUCAGCUGUCAUAUGCGGACACGCACCCGAUGUUCACGAAGCAGCACUUCCCAAACUUCUUCCGCGUGGUGCCAAGUGAAAACGCAUUCAACGCUCCACGCCUCAAGUUGCUGCAGGAGUUCAAUUGGACACGGGUGGGCACCAUCUACCAGAAUGAACCUCGCUACUCUCUGGCGCAUAACCGCCUCGUGGCUGACCUUGAUACAUCAGGUUUCCAGAUUCUAGAAACCCAAAGUUUUGCCAAUGAGGUAACUUCUGCCAUGACCAAGCUCAAAGAAAAAGAUGUCAGAAUAAUUCUGGGCAACUUCAACGAGUCCUGGGCCCGUAGGGUCUUCUGUGAGGCGCACAGGGCAGGGAUGUUUGGACGUAAGUACCAAUGGAUCAUUAUGGGAACGUACGCCGAGGAAUGGUGGCUGUUGGAGGAGGGAACAGUUCCAUGUACGUCCGCUGAGCUCAUGUUGGCGCUGGAAGGAUGCAUCCUAACGGAUCUACUGCCUCUGUCCACCAACGGCGAGAUCACAGUCUCAGGAAUUACUGCAGAUGAGUACCGGCUGGAAUACGAUUCUCGAAGGGGCUCGGAAUAUUCCAGAUUCCAUGGGUACACGUACGACGGGAUAUGGGCUGUAGCGCUGGCUAUUCAACAUGUGGCUCAUCACAUACGUCAGCACAGGAAGAACGAAACGGUUGUAGACUUCCAAUACCGCGACCCCCUGUGGGAGUACUUGUUCCUGAAUGCACUUGCCAAUACCAGUUUCGAGGGAGUUACGGGGCCAGUGCGGUUUUAUGACAAUGAGAGGAAAGCCAGCAUCCUUCUCAAACAGUUUCAGAAUGGUUCAGAGGUGAAGAUUGGGGAAUUCAAUGGUGUAACAGAACAGCUGGAUCUAACAAGAGGUCAAGUCAUUAAAUGGAAUGGGCGCUCUCCUCCCAAGGAUCGCACACUUCAGAUAUUUGAGCACUCACAUGUGAAUAUCACAAUAUAUUCAGUGCUUGCUGCCACAGCCUCUGUGGGUAUAGUCAUGGCCAUCUCAUUCCUAGCCAUUAACAUCACAUAUCGCAAUCAGCGAUACAUCAAGAUGUCAAGUCCAUACCUGAACAAUCUAAUCAUCAUUGGGUGCAUGCUGACAUACAGCAGUGUCAUCUUCCUAGGCCUGGAUUCAACUCUCACCAGUGUGGAGGCAUUCCCCUAUAUAUGCACAGCACGUGCUUGGUUGCUCAUGGCUGGUUUCUCCUUAGCAUUUGGUUCAAUGUUUUCCAAGACAUGGCGUGUUCAUUCUAUCUUCACAGAUGUCAAGCUCAACAAAAAGGUCAUUAAAGACUACCAGCUGUUCAUGGUGGUUGGAGUAUUACUGGUUAUUGACCUAGCCAUAAUGACUACAUGGCAAGUUACUGAUCCAUUCUAUCGGGAAACAAAACAGAUGGAGCCAUAUCCACAUCCUUCCAGUGAUGAUAUCCUCAUCAUCCCAGAGAAUGAGUACUGUCAGAGUGAAAGAAUGACUAUUUUUGUUGGUUCUAUAUAUGCUUACAAGGGACUACUUAUGAUUUUUGGUGCUUUCCUGGCAUGGGAGACACGCCAUGUCAGCAUUCCAGCUCUCAAUGACUCCAAGUAUGUUGGGAUGAGUGUGUACAAUGUCGUGAUCAUGUGCAUUAUGGGGGCUGCAAUUAGCUUUGUGUUAUCAGACAAACAAGAUGCAUCAUUUAUAAUCAUCUCUGUGUUCAUCAUAUUCUGCACAACUGGCACUCUUUGUCUUGUAUUUGUGCCAAAGCUCAUAGAACUGAGGAGGAAUCCACAGGGAGCCAUUGACAAGCGUAUUCGUGCAACACUUCGUCCCAUGUCAAAGAAUAGACGAGACUCUCUUGCAUCUGAAUUGGAAGAAAAGUUGAAGGAUGCAAAGGUUUUUAACCAGAAGUAUCGAAAACAGCUGCUAGAAACAGAAACCGAACUUAAGAUGCUUGUGCAAAGGCUAGGUGAUGAGGCAAGGGAUAUUCUGGAAUCAGACAUUGGCAUGGAUCGACUAACAGUGCCACGAAGUGAAGCCUUGCUCAAGAGGGAAGCUCCUUCUGGUACAGAGACAACAGAGAUCAGCUCGCUAUGUUCCCUUAACUCAUCACAGGAUGGUGAAUAUGUGAAUCUCACCGUUGAGACGCCCUCCCAGCAGAGGAAAAAGACAUCAUUUUCGACAAAGCCCCCAACGGUUGCAGUGAUGGGAAUAAGGGAGCCUCCACAGCCAGGAGGAUUAACAGGCACUCCUGCAGCAUCUUGUCUCCGUAAGAAGUCGUCGUCCUCCCUUGAGAACCAGGAGAGUAGUGCUGCUAACCGCCUCCCAUCUGUGAUGAGGACAUCACUUCUAGGACGAGAGGGGACACCAGAGGACUCAGAGCCUCUCAUAGAGAAUGCAGCAGCUACAAAAUUGACAAUGGCAGGUGGGGAAAGCAAUGUACAUUUUGUCCCGGAGGGUCCAGAGGAUGAGGAUAACAGCCAUGUUGGGGAAGAGAAGUCCUUAAUUCAUCGCCACGAUUUUGUGGAAGAAAGACCGCGGUUGCCAACACCUCCACCAUCACUCACCAAGGUUGUUAGUUUUGGUGAUGUUACCAAUACACCACCACCCUCAUCAUAUCCUCCUCUUGAGGAGGACACAAUCCUUCCACCUCCAAAGCAAUUUCAUCAAAAGCAUCGUCAUACUUCUUCAAUAUCUAUUGCACCUCAGGCUUACACUAAAAUGAGCUAUGCACCGCAACAGUACCAGCCACCUCCCUCUGCCCUCAGACGGCGUUCCAGCGUAAAGAGUGCGUCAGGUGGGAACAGUUCAUCAGCUAACCUUCAGGUCUUGGGAUCUGGAUCUGAACACCGGAGACGGACUAGUGUGCCGGUGAUGCCAUCUAGCAGUGGACAUGGAAAUCUCCAGCAGAUUGCUUCAUAUCCAGCCGAUUCAAUGGCAAUAAGAAAUAUUAAUAAUAACUACCCCUCUGAGAGAUUCUAUACAGCUCACAGUGAGUCAUCAUCAUCAGACUUUGGGAGGAGGGAGAAAAUUAGAUUACAGAGACAAGGGGCAGGUGAAAUAUCUGUAUCGAGUGACAUUCUGAAUAUUGGGGCAAGGGUUUCCACUGUGGUGGGAAGUGGUAGUGUUUGUGGUGGGGGAAGAGGAUCACCACCGCCAUAUUUGCUCAAUGGAGGAGGUGCUGAUCUUCUGAUGUCGGGAGACAAUGCCCCAUCACCCAAUGUUGCUGCAAGGGCAAAGACUUCUCUUUGUGAUCAGGGACCUGACAUGAUGAUAAUUCAACGUUCAGUGUCAGAGAAGAGCCGGGAACGUUCUGCACUGCCUCAUUACCAUCAUCACCAUCGGCCACCAUAUCAGCACUCAGCACAGCCACCACCACCGGUAACCUCAUACCAACCUGAUAGCAGGAAACUUCCACAUCACAUCCCACAGCUCAAGCAGCAGAAAACACUGCUCCAUUCACAUGUUCAGAGCACACCAAAUGUUGCCUCAUCGCAGCGCACCAGCAAUGCCAUGCGCCAUCACCAUCAGGCAUCUGUCACGAAUGUACCAGCAAUGUGCUCAGCUGUAUCUGAAGGGGAAUUAUUAGACCUUGCAAUUCUACCCAUAUUCCAAAAACUGCUCAGCGAACGUCAUAAGAGCCGCACAGGAUAUGGGGCAUCCAUUGCAUCAUGCCCAAACAUCUCCAUAAAAUGUGACAUUGUUGAGUAUUUGUAGGGGGGUACUUCACACAGCGAAAUGGAUGUAAGUUGGCCAUGCUCAGAGAAAGGACAGGAAUAAUUCUGAUGAUGGAUCACUGUUGUUACCAAAGGGAGAUUAGUUUUCUUUGUAUAACAGGUUAAUUCUUAAUGUUUAAUUCUUUGUAUUUGUUAAGCUAAAUGGAUGUGACUUGAGAGAUCUGUGUAUGUCACAGGAACCAAACUUCUGUGUUUCUCAACAAGUGACCUGCCCUCCAUUGGUUUCAUCCACUGCUAUGUGAGUCCAUUCUUCUGAUUGUAGUACAUUCAAUGCGAAGUUAUUUAAACUCUCUCUCCAUCUUCAAGUUUCCUACAUUAAUUUAUAUGUAAAAAUGGCUGGAAAAGGCUAUAAUAUAAUUUAAUUAAUUGUAGAAUCCAUUUAGCAGUUUAGACUAUUCACAUUCAUUACUGGAAGUGUUGACUAUUGCAGUAUCCUGAAUAAAUUCUAAGGCAGCAAUGUAGAAUGUAAAGACUAGGUGGGUUUUCUGUCACUCGCUGAAACCUUUUAUUUGAAAAUUUAACUUUUAGGAUGAUAUCAAUAAUGUGCUUUCACACAUGGGGUUAGGGCCAGAAAAUAUUUUGUUGAACUAAACAGUGUACUGGAAAUUUGCGGCAAUGAAAGUAUACAUGAAUUACAUUUAUAGUGUUACAAUAAGCAAUAAAUUAAUGCUAAUAUGUAUAGAUCAGUGAACACUCAUAUAUAUUUUGCAUACACAAUAUGAGCACACUUAAAAUAUAUUGAAGAUUGUUAUCAGUCAAGACUAAUUUUCAUCACUCUUACUCAUUGUCAUCACCUUUACCUUCAUGCAUAAUUUACACACAGAGUUCUUGCAGUUGGACAUAUUCUUGAUUGUCUGUGACCUUCUUUGUUGAAUAUAUUUUUCACUCUCCUCUGAUAUGUCCUAACUUACAAGAUAUGGUAUUUUCUUCUUAUUCUCCAAUAUAAGCAUCAAACCUUUAUCUCAAUUCUCUUUGAAGGUGCACACAUUGAGAACAGGAAAUAUGAUGAUUUUUUAUAAAGCCUGAAGCUAGGCUUUCCAAAACCUGACGUCUUGUUGUGUUCUAUCUGUAACAUUUUUCCUAUACAUACAUGGCCUUAACGGUAAAAGUAUUCAUGGAGUGAAAGAACAUAGAUAAAGGUCACAUCUAUCAUGUGUACAAACAUUUCUGAGUCAAUUU